AGUCUACAGCAAAUAUCUUGCAGCUAACAAAAUCUGUACGGGCGUUAUAGAUCCUUUCUUCAGAUCCAAGACUGAAUUGCAAAGAAGCAAGAUGUUGUUGCCGCUUGUAAUUAUGAUAAGCGCAGUCUUUUUUCAUAUAGGGGAGGCGGCACAUGCAGCCUGCAAACUCGAUGCAACUGUGGUCGCGGCUGUCACAAACUCUCACAAUGAGCUUAGAGCAAACGUUGCCAAGCGUAAUCUGAAUGCGGCAGUUUUUGGAAGCAUACCUGGAUCAAAAACUCUUUUCAAGCUGAAAUAUGAUUGUUUACACGAAGGACUUGCAAUGGCCACCAUUGGAAACAAAUGCAAGCAUUCGAGCAACUACAUGGACAAACUUGGAAAAGCCGAAAACUUCAUUACAUAUAGAAUGCCUAAGAAACCACAUUUGAUUGAACAAAAGGAUCUUUUUGAAUUUGCGGUGGAAGACUGGACGGAUACGGUUAAAAGCCCACUGAGCUCAGACGUAGUGUACACUGAUACUUCCAUGGAACCAUUUGCUAAUAUGAUCUACAACAAGACGCUAAAAUUCGGCUGCUCAUUAUUGUUUUGUAACGAUAUAAACAAGGUUGCUCUUGCGUGCGUGUAUAGUAACAAGCCAAAGGAAGGUAAACCGCUUUACUGGGCAGAUUCGAAAAAUAAUGCUGGAUGUCAAAAACCUGGACCCUGCAAGAAAGUUAUUAAAGGAACGGAUGUAAACUGCGAUACCACCUAUGGACUUUGUGAUCAAGAUCCCGCUACUACUACGACUACUACUACUACUACUACUACUACUACUACUACUACUACUACUACUACUACUCCUUCUCAAGAAGAUUACAAUUAUGACGAAGACUAUUAUGAUGACGGAGAAACUGAAAUCAUAGACGUACGUUGAACACUUGUAAAAGUGUACGAG